UUUUUUUUUUCUUUUCCUUUUUUUCCCCCCUCCUUGUGAUUGCAGGGAUGCGCGUGGUGCGGGAUUGGGAGGGAUGCGGGGCGUCGGGCGGGUUUGUGAUUUCCGUCCCGCUUUGUGCAUCUGCCCGGGGCUCCGCGGGUGUCAGAUGAUUUCCUACCGGAAGAGGAUUGGGCCGCAGCUCCUCGCAGUGACUCCUCGGCCCCGGCCCCCGCGCUGGGCGCGGGUCCCCGCAGACCACGGGCGGGGGGAUGGAUGCGGGCCGGGCGCGGGGAAUGCCCUUCCCCGAGAGGGGCGCCUGCCCGGGGCCUUUGUUAAUGGGGCCCGCCGUCCGCACCACUCCUUUUAACGCCGCCUCCGUGGAAAUAAAUAAAAAUGAUCACCUCUAAUGUGCAGCCUGGGCUUGCUUUUCCUACAGGCCACCUGGAAAAAUGCACGGCCUUCCUUUCGCCUUUGGUUAACUCUUCUAGAAGAGGCAUAUAGCAUUGUUCUGAGUGCACAAACCCCGAUCCUUGGGCUGAGCGGAUGGUGACUCCUUUGGAACAGCAAAAUUUUACAUUACACAGAAAACUUCACAGUGUGUAAAAGCAGGAUGCAUCCUUACUGUGUUACCAAACUGAGGAGCUCUCAGCAAGAUCCCGUGUUCUCUCCUGCUGGCUCUUGGGGUGGCCUCUCUGAGGGAUGCUGGGCGCAAAGCUGAGCUCUUGUCCUGUCACAUAUACACCUGCAUUAUUAUUGGUGUGCUUGUUUUUAUUGUAUUUUGAUGUAGCAAAUGGACUUUCCAUUGUACCUGUGGGUUUGCAUAAGUGGAUAUAGGCAUAAUUUCUAAUUUACUCACUUCCAUGAUUUUUCCUCUUGCAGUUCCUCUGAGUCCCUUUCUCCUGACAGUCUGCCCGUUAUGCUGGGAUAUGUGUUUGGUUACCUGAUUUCAAAUGCUUCUUUAACAAGGUAGUUGUGAGGCAGGAGUCCAUCCCAGAUAGAACUGGGUGGUGUCAAAGCCCACAGAACUCUGAGCAGAACCCGAAGGGGAGCCUUUGGCCUCACUUUGUCAGUUUGUAAAUAUUGGUGAGUGACGCUUUGCAACAAUGUGUUGAGGAAGAAAACAUUCAUGGUUAGAGUUGUGGCAGUAUUAUAGGUGAACUCAGGAUGGAAAAUGUUGAAGAUAAUUUGUUUAAAAAAGAGGUUAAUCAGCUAUUUGCUGGUCUCUUGGGGCAAGAAGUGGCUGAACACAGCAGCUGGGAGAAGCUGAAAUGUGCUCUUCCCAUGUUCUACCCAUCACCCCUUUGCAGAGGCAAGCCUUGAGCCAGAGCUGAUGUGGGAAUGGCACUUGGAAUCACCACUAGAUGUAACAGCAAUGAGAUCCAUUUACUUGCUGUGAUAAAUGGCAUUAAUAAAAUAAAGCCCCUAGAUCCCCUCUCCUAAUUUGCUGAGUUAAUGAACCAUCUCCUGCGCCCCAGGUUUUGGUCUCCUCCUGUUGAUUUCCCUGUAGUACUUCAUAUUUCCAAGGCAAAACGUUCUGCCUCGGCUUUCUGACCCACCCAUCUACAUAGCAGGGUAUCACGGUGCUGGGUCCUCACUGGGGGCUGUCCAAUUUCUUUCUUAGGGAAAGAGCCAUGGAGAAUGCCACUGCUGGAAAGGUGCUGUACUGUUGUGUGACCUCCGUGAUAUGGCUGCCCCUGUGAUAUGGUUGCCUGUGGAGUUUUAUUUCACGCUGAAGAAUCAAUGCUGUCCUGACUCAGGCAGGCCGUGGUACAAUGAGAGUUCACAAAGGCUUUAGUAUGAGUUCUGCUUGCUUAGUGCUGAAACGCUGCUCUUCCAUUUACCCUGUUCUUGGGGGGUGCCACAAAAUACACUGAUAAAGAUAAUGGAGGGAUGCUCGUAUGGUCACCAUAUCAUAAUAUUCCAGAUGCCAAGUUGGAUGAAUAUAUAGCAAUAGCAAAGGAAAAACAUGGAUACAAUGUGGAACAGGCUCUCGGCAUGUUGUUUUGGCAUAAACACAAUAUUGAGAAGUCCCUUGCGGAUCUCCCUAACUUCACUCCCUUCCCUGAUGAAUGGACAGUUGAAGACAAAGUCCUAUUUGAACAAGCAUUUAGCUUCCACGGAAAGAGCUUUCACAGGAUCCAGCAAAUGCUUCCAGACAAGACGAUUGCGAGCCUUGUAAAAUACUACUAUUCUUGGAAAAAAACUCGCUCGAGGACAAGUCUGAUGGAUCGACAGGCUCGAAAGCUUGCUAAUAGAAAUAAUCAAGGUGACAGUGACGAUGAUGUAGAAGAACCUCAUCCAAUGGAUGGAAAUGAUAGCGAUUAUGAUCCCAAAAAAGAAGCCAAAAAGGAGGUAACAGAUAACUUAAUGGGCAAUAAUGAGCAGCCUGUUCAGACCAGCAAGAUAGGGCUGGGUAGAAGAGAGUAUCAGAGCUUGCAGCAUCGCCACCAUUCUCAGCGUUCCAAAUGCCGUCCACCAAAAGGCAUGUACCUGACCCAGGAAGAUGUGAUAGCUGUUUCCUGUAGUCCCAAUGCAGCCAACACAAUUCUUAGACAGCUGGAUAUGGAACUAAUCUCAUUAAAGCGACAGGUUCAAAAUGCUAAGCAAGUAAACAGUGCACUUAAACAGAAAAUGGAAGGCGGGAUUGAAGAAUUCAAACCUCCUGAGUCUAAUCAGAAAAUCAAUGCCCGUUGGACCACAGAAGAGCAGCUUCUUGCAGUACAAGGUGUCCGCAAAUAUGGUAAAGAUUUUCAAGCUAUUGCAGAUGUAAUUGGCAACAAGACUGUUGGCCAAGUGAAGAACUUCUUUGUAAACUACAGGCGUCGGUUUAACUUAGAGGAGGUAUUGCAGGAAUGGGAAGCGGAACAAGGAACCCUGGCUUCUAAUGGUGAUGCUUCUGCUUUAGGGGAGGACACAAAAAAUACUUCUAAUGUGCCAUCAGGAAAGAGCACUGAUGAAGAAGAUGAGGCGCAAAGCACUCCGACCACUCAGUGUUUAGGCCCUUCACCUCCAGCGCAGGCAUCUGCUCCAGCUCCUACCGCUCCCUUGGCAACUUUAAAUCAGCCACCCCCGUUACUUCGUCCAGCGCUUCCUGCAGCUCCUGCUCUCCACCGUCAGCCUCCGCCGCUCCAACAACAGGCGCGAUUUAUUCAGCCAAGGCCCACUCUCAAUCAGCCUCCCCCACCGCUCAUCCGCCCAGCUAAUUCCAUGCCUCCCCGUCUGAACCCAAGGCCGGUGUUGACCACCGUUAGCGGCCAGCAGCCACCCUCACUGAUUGGAAUUCAGACAGAAUCCCAGUCCACUCUGCACUGAAGAAAUAAAGCAGAAUUAUGCUAACUCCUACAUCUGAAAGACUGCAUCAAGGUACUUUUCCUUUUCAAAAUAAAGAAGCAGAAAAAAAGCGAGCCUUCACAGGUAGCAGACCAGUCUUACAGAGGAGCAAGGUAAUAACCAGUACUGGAACCACGUGAAUGACCACCUGUGUAAAAAUAUUUUUUGUAGAAGACUUGUACAGAAGAACAAUGCCUACAAUACACAGCCCUCCUCUAUGUGAAUAACUGUCGAAGGAAGCUAAAUUCAUACAUGAGUCGAUUUUCAACACACCAGGAUUUCAUUUAACUGAUUUUUUUACUCUAUUUAUUUUAUUAUGGUUCUUUGUAGUCGAGCAUCUAACUACAAGAAAGUAGGCUGGCAAAUCUAGGAAUAAGUAAUAUUGUAGGAGACUUAAAUGUAGUGGUUUUCUGUGUGUAAUUUUUAUUUUAUUUUUUACUUUUUAGUGGAGAAAAAAAAAUAAACCUAAUGGCCUUAGGUUCAGAAUUUUUGGCCCUGCUUAGAUAUCUGUAGAAGCAUUUCUUGCAAUUGUAAAAGGUAGAUGAUUCUUCUCUUAAUGUUUUUUCCCAGAAUGUUUUUUCUUGUUUAAAAAAGGUACUUUCUUAUUGAAUAGUCCUCUUCCAGUGUGUUAUGAAAACUCAGUGAGCUAUUGUACCAAACAUACUAAACAUCACAUGUGUUCUAGUCAUAGAAGCUGUCUGGAAACAGGAGUCCAGUUUCCUGCUGCACUCUCCCUUGUAGGCUGGGCUGGGGAGAGGCAGCAACUGCCAGCACCCAGGGGGAUGACAGCAGAGGAACUGCUUAGCAAGAACCAUCCGUUUAAUUAGUUCUUCUGCUGACCCUUCUAAUCUAAGUACAGCAGAAUUUCAGUCCUCUGAGAACAUCUUGCUCACCGUUGGUAUUCGCGAGAUCAUUGAUAUCUUGCCUAGGAUGUAUGAUGGAUGUACAGAGGCUGAGGGUGGUAGGAGAGUAACGUAGCAAUAGGGCUCUCUGCUGCCUGCCUGCCCGGUGUUAAAUGUCUGAUUUCUGCUAUCGCUGGCAGAUCUGCGGGCUGGGUUUACGGCUAUCAUGGUUUGUUUUGUUUUAUUCACUAGCAAAACCUGCAUUUGGGUAUCAAUUAUGGCUGCCCCAUUUUAGGAGAAUAAAAGAUUGGGGUUUAUUUUCCAUGGUACUUACUACUACAUUUUUCUUGUCUAAAACCCUGAUUCAUGCCCAGCAGUAGUUCUUUUGGUGGUUUGUUUUUAAAGCAAACGCCUCUCCCUUCCAAGUAAACCAGGCUUCAAUUUUCAGUACCAGCAUUUGAAACUAUGAUCUGAGUCAAGCUAUUGAAAAACAUUGCAUUGCUAACUGCCAUGCUGCUCUAGAAAAUUAUUUGUUUAUACCUGGUGUUUAAAGUCCUUUUAAAUCCAUUGUGUUACUAGCUUGAUUUGCCCAUGACUCAGAUGAAACUACAUUUGAAAAUGGAAUGUGCUCUCCCUCAUUCUUUCUGCAGAUAAUGUGGUGGUUUGACCACCAGUUAGCAGUUGGCUAAGACUUUUCAUUUAUGCAAAGGAAAGUUCUUACAGCACCAGAUCCUAUUACCUUUGUAAAUCUAGUAUUAGGGAUUUAUAUUUGUGACCUGAAUUGCAAUUAAAGCGUUCACCUUUAUGGUUAAGCUCACAAAUAUUUUCAGAUCAAACUCAAUUUUCUUUCCGUACAGCUUUCAGCAGUGCACUGGUGUCUCAUACAAGGGGUCCUUCUUAGGAAUUUUCUUCUGCAUCAGAGUAGGUUCUUAGCCACUAUGUGAGCAUCAGAUGACCUCUCUCCCGAGAAAAGCAGCACUGUAACAAAGUGCUGAGGAACGUGUGAUCGCUGAAUCGUUUGUUCUGGAAGUCCUUAGUGUCCCUCAACAGCCAUGUACGGAUCUGGCUGCUCCCAGACGGGUUUUUAAAACUGAUAGGAAAUCCAUUUCCACAUCCAUACGUAUCUCAGUUGUUAGCAGGGAUAGGGCACAUCUCCAGUACUUCUCACUUUUCUUUUUUUUUUAAGCAUUGAGUCUCCCAGGUGUGUGUAUUGUACCUUUGCUAAUUUUUGUCUUGUCUCGUCAAUAGACUUCAGUAUGCAGAAUGUUGGGUGUUGCAGUAGAGUUGGCCGCCACCAACUGCUAUAAAACUGUUCAGUACAUUGUAAUUCAGUUUAAUCUUGUUUAAAUAUUCUAUAACUGGGCAAAGGUGCUGUAUUUGAAGGGGGUGGGAGGGGCAGAGAUGGGUAGUAUUUCUUCCUUUACAAACACUGUAGCACACAGUAGGGAUUUCCUAGCGUUUGUAGUACUAAAUAAGUAUGUACAUAGCAAAAUGUCUUUAUUGUGUGCUUUGCAGAGUAUGUGCAUACAGUUUGCACGUCCUGUUUUUGGGGGUAGGGUUUGUUUUAAGCAGUGUUUGCCUGGAGAGUGAUAUGCUUGCUGCUUAAUCAAAGGAUUAAAGUUUCAAAGAAAUCUGUGUCUUCUAUUUUUAUGUACCUGGUAAUAGUCUAAUAUGUUAGGGCCCUUAUACUGUGAUUCUCUUCUAAAUUCAUUUCUAUUUUUUUAAGAAUUAGAAAUAAAAUUAUACAAUGGUGUUGAUUUCGGUGGGGAAUUUCUUUUGCCAUAUCUCGUCUCCUGUUUUUGUAAUGUAGUAAUGAACUCUGACUUCAAGGUUGGCUUAAUUUUGUCACUUUAAAAAAUGUAAAAUGUUUGCACACUAAAGUUCGGCUGAGAACGUGUAUCCGACAUUGUUCAAAGCUAAUGUAACUCUACAGCUUUUUGUACAGUUUAUUUUAGUUAAUAAAGCAAAACGGUACUAAAACUGACAGGUUCUACAACUGCAAGGCAUAAUUUGAACUACGUCGUCUGAGGAACAGCGCUUGCAAAGUAUGGAUGUACAAAAAUAUCAGAUCUAAUUGUUGCACUUUAAAUCAGAAUGGGUAUGGAGUGAAGCAGGUAUUCCUGCAUUAAUAAAAUCAAUCACUAAACAUUGCA